CGGCGGAUCGACGCCCUCGGCGCUCUCAGCGGGCGGAAGUGAAGGCGCCGGCUGUUGGGGCAGCUGUUACCCCGGAGCUUUUCGCGAGAGCCGCCGGGAGCUUUGUCGUUGCGGGCCGUAGGGGGCGGCAGGCAGGCCUGAGCUGAGCUGAGAGAGCCAAGCCUCUGGAGACCUGACUGGCAGAUUACUUCUGUAACUAGACCUCCGGUUUGCCCAAACAAAGCACAAUGUCCCGAUCACGACAACCCCCUCUUGUGACAGGCAUAUCUCCAAAUGAAGGAAUACCAUGGACAAAGGUCACAAUUAGAGGAGAAAACCUGGGAACUGGCCCAACUGACCUCAUAGGUCUGACAAUUUGUGGACAUAAUUGCCUCCUGACGGCAGAAUGGAUGUCUGCAAGUAAAAUAGUUUGUCGAGUGGGACAAGCUAAAAAUGACAAAGGAGACAUUAUUGUCACAACCAAGUCAGGUGGCAAAGGAACCUCAACAGUGUCUUUCAAGCUACUCAAACCUGAAAAAAUAGGUCUUUUGGAUCAAUCUGCUGUGUGGGUUGAUGAAAUGAAUUAUUAUGAUAUGCGUACUGACAGGAAUAAAGGAAUCCCCCCCUUGUCUCUACGUCCUGCUAAUCCUCUUGGCAUUGAGAUUGAAAAAAGUAAAUUUCCCCAGAAGGACUUAGAAAUUCUGUUUCCUGGAAUGAGUGCUGAUUUUACAAGUGAGAAUUUUUCAGCUGCCUGGUAUCUUAUAGAGAACCACUCAACCACCAGUUUUGAACAGCUCAAAAUGGCAGUUACCAACCUGAAGAGACAGGCUAACAAGAAAAGUGAAGGCAGCCUGGCAUAUGUGAAAGGAGGUCUUAGUACUUUCUUUGAAGCCCAGGAUGCCCUCUCAGCUAUCCAUCAGAAACUAGAAGCAGAUGGAACAGAAAAAGUAGAAGGAUCCAUGACGCAAAAACUGGAGAAUGUUCUGAACAGAGCAAGUAAUACUGCGGACACAUUAUUUCAAGAAGUAUUAGGUCGAAAGGACAAGGCAGAUUCCACUAGAAAUGCACUCAAUGUACUUCAGCGAUUUAAGUUUCUCUUCAACCUUCCUUUAAAUAUUGAAAGGAAUAUUCAAAAGGGUGAUUAUGAUGUGGUUAUUAAUGACUAUGAAAAGGCCAAGUCACUCUUUGGGAAAACGGAGGUACAAGUUUUCAAAAAAUAUUACGCUGAAGUAGAAACACGGAUUGAAGCUUUAAGAGAAUUACUUCUGGCUAAAUUGCUUGAGACACCAUCGACUUUACAUGACCAGAAACGUUACAUAAGGUACCUGUCUGACCUUCAUGCACCAGGUGACCCUGCUUGGCAAUGUAUUGGCGCCCAACACAGGUGGAUCCUUCAGCUCAUGCACAGCUGCAAAGAGGGAUAUAUACAAGAUUUGAAAGGUACUCCAGGCCUUCACAGUCCCAUGUUGGAUCUGGAUAAUGAUACCCGUCCCUUGGUGUUGGGUCCUCUUAGUCAGACGGCGUCACUGAAGAGGGGCAGCAGCUUUCAGUCUGGUCGAGAUGACACAUGGAGAUACAAAACUCCUCACCGGGUGGCAUUUGUUGAAAAGUUGACCAAGCUUGUUUUAAGUCAGCUGCCUAACUUCUGGAAACUCUGGAUUUCAUAUGUUAAUGGAAGCCUUUUCAGUGAGACUGCAGAGAAAUCAGGCCAGAUUGAAAGAUCAAAGAAUGUAAGGCAAAGACAAAAUGAUUUUAAGAAAAUGAUUCAAGAAGUAAUGCAGUGUCUUGUGAAGUUGAUCCGUGGAGCCCUGCUCCCACUCAGCAUCCCAGAGUGUGGAGUGAGGCAGUAUGGAGGCUGGGAAGUGAAAUCUGAGCUCUCAGGACAGUGGCUUGCUCAUGUCAUCCAGACUAUAAGGCUUACUUAUGAAUCGUUGACUGCCCUUGAAAUUCCUAAUGACAUGUUACAGACUAUCCAGGAUCUCAUUUUGGAUCUCCGAGUACGUUGUGUGAUGGUCACAUUGCAACACACAGCAGAAGAAAUAAAGAGGUUAGCUGAAAAGGAAGACUGGAUUAUAGAUAAUGAAGGACUGACUUCUCUUCCAUAUCAGUUUGAGCAGUGCAUUGUACAUUCUCUGCAGUCACUCAAAGGAGUUCUAGAGUGCAAGCCUGGAGAAGCCAGUGUCUUUCAACAACCUAAAACACAGGAGGAGGUUUGUCAACUCAGCAUCAAUAUCAUGCAGAUUUUUAUAUACUGUCUGGAACAGUUGAGCACUAAGCCUGAUGCAGAUGUAGAUACUACACAUCUUUCAGUUGAUGUUUCUUCUCCCGAUUUGUUUGGAAGUAUCCAUGAAGAUUUCAGUUUGACUUCUGAACAGAGACUUUUGAUAGUCCUGAGUAACUGCUGCUACCUAGAACGUCACACUUUUCUGAAUAUAGCAGAGCAUUUUGAAAAGCACAACUUCCAAGGAAUAGAGAAAAUAACACAGGUUAGCAUGGCUUCAUUGAAAGAAUUAGACCAAAGACUCUUUGAAAAUUACAUUGAGUUGAAAGCAGAUCCUAUCGUUGGCUCCUUGGAACCUGGAAUUUAUGCAGGCUAUUUUGAUUGGAAAGACUGCCUGCCUCCAACAGGUGUCAGAAACUAUUUAAAAGAAGCAUUGGUGAAUAUAAUUGCUGUGCAUGCAGAGGUGUUCACUAUUUCCAAAGAAUUGGUACCUCGAGUUCUAUCCAAGGUGGUCGAAGCAGUUUCCGAAGAGCUGAGUCGACUAAUGCAGUGUGUUUCAUCCUUUAGCAAAAAUGGAGCAUUACAGGCACGCCUUGAAAUCUGUGCUUUGAGGGAUACUGUUGCUGUUCACCUGACACCUGAAAGCAAGUCUAGUUUUAAACAGGCUUUGGAAGCCCUGCCUCAGCUUUCAAGUGGAGCAGAUAAAAAGUUACUGGAAGAGCUGCUGAACAAGUUCAAGAGUAGCAUGCACUUGCAGCUCACCUGUUUCCAAGCUGCUUCUUCAACUAUGAUGAAAACAUAAAUACCGCCCAAAAAAAAGGGCAUUUGAAAGAUAAAAAGUAAUAAUUGUUAUCACUUUAUUAAGUGCCCUAAAGGUAUUAGCAUACAAAGCAUUAGGUUUGUACUCUUUCUCUUUUCCCCAAAUUGGCGGCUUAGAAAGAUGUUUGUAUGUUUUAUUUCAACCAAAAUGACCCAGUUUGAAAUGCCCAAGCAAUAACUUGUUUUGUCAUUUUUACAAAUACCUCUAACUCUCCUAAUUCAAGUGGAAUUUUAGAAAAUUUGCAGUUUGCCUAAGAAAAUGUUAUAUUUGGUGUAAAUUAUUUGUGAUCCAGAUGUCCAUGAGUUAACUUUGUGUCUUGCUGCCUCAUUUUUAUUUCUCACUGAGCUAAUAAACAUUAAACACCUUUCAGUGUAGGUUUUCUUUGUCCCACUCACUCUUAAAGUGUUUUUUUCAUGUCAAUGCAUGCCUGCCCCUUAGGACCCAUUUGUUACUGUGGUAGAGCUUAGAUACCCCAAUAGAUGCUGGUGGAAAUAGCUGCAGCCUUCACUGCCUCUUAAAGAACAAGCCAGGCCCCCUGGUGACAGCUGACACUCCUGCCCACCUCUGUUCACUCCUUCCCCUCCAGCAAUUUCUUUUCUCUCCACUGCUCCUUACCAUUUGAAGUAUCUUGCUCAGUAGCUAAAAGAACAUUGCUCUGGCGUAGUCUGUGUUUUCUGAAGAUUCAGACACUCCUCUCUUACCAGGCAGUAGGAGCUGCUGAUGAAACUCAUGCCAUUUGUCCUACAUUCACUGCUGACUUCGUUUACCAGCAUAGACGCAGGGCACUGUGACCUCUUUCAAAGGCAGCUUUCCCUACCUAAUUUUACCAUACCGUUUACUCAGAAAACUGAGUAAUUCUCUUACCCAUUGGCUGUGUGUUAGGAUUCUCAAAUUUUUCUAUGGGUGUCAUAGAAUCCCUUGUUAAGGCUGAAAUUAAUAUCUUUACUAAUACAAGUAAUUUUAGAGUACAAAUCACCAGAUACAGUAUCCAUUAUUUGGAAUAAGUCAGUGUUGUUAUGUUUAUUCAUUUGGUGUAUGGGGGAAAUCAUAAUAACUGGAAGUGAAAGUUUAAUUUUUACAAAUGUGCUUGAUAAAACUUACUAAGUAAUACACAGAACAUUGUCUCUCCUAAGCAUGUUAACUAUUGCACCUAACAUGAUGAUGAACUAAAUUACAAAUCUACAGUCCUGGAUGUUUGUAUUAUUUUAAAUAUCUACUACAGCGCAUUUGUCCAAUAAAGAAUGUAUCUUUAAUACAA